AGUGGAGCUGUGCUCACAGAAGUACACAUGCCUGCAUCCCAUAGCAGAGGGAUCUGCUCUCUCCCCUGAAUUACAAGGGCUGCUUUGCUGAGGUUUUAUAGCCAUUUUGGACAAGUUGGCAUGAUGGCUCUGUUGUGCGCUGUGGAUUUUUUUUUUUCUUUUAAUAGUGAUCUCCAAUGAGAUUAUUUUUAAUGAAUGUGUCCUUUUUUUCUUACUCAGAGCAUAAAAAUGGCUCAAGGGCUCAUAUUCUUUCCCUGCCUCCCUUGCUGGCCUCUCCUCAAACAACAAAAGAAAGGCAUCUUUCUUUUUUUAACUUGAAGUUAGCAACGAUGUCAGUUUUGGGAUUUGGCAAUUUUCUCAGUGGGGAGAGUGCGUUUUUGUUUUGUUGUUUGGGUUUUUUUUUUUUAAUUUUUUUUUUUUUUCCAAUCUGGGGGUUUUGGAGUCGAGUUUUUAUUGUGGAGAAGGGUCUGGGGAUCUUGGGUCUCACUGCACUUGUGUGAACUCUUAACACCUUAAUUGAAGGGGUGGAGAUGCUGAAUCACUAACAAAGACCUCCUUUAUCCAAAAUGUUAAUCAAUCAUUGACGUUAAAUAAGUGUGAACAAAACCAAGCAAAAAAAAACCCCACCCUAAACAAGUUUUUGUGUAAGUUCCACUCCCAUUCAGCUGCUCAUCUUUGGUCAGGUUAACAUUCUUUUGGGGAUGUAUUUUGUGCGUGUGUACUUGAUUUUUGCAAUGUUUGGUAAAAGUUCUGUUGCGAACUUCCCAGUGUAGUUUUCCCAAUACAGAUUAUUCAGCUCAGAGAUGAUGUUUUGGGAGAAAUUGUGAUCUCCUCUGGUGUGAGGGAGUAGCUGGACUUUGACAGUACCGUUGUGACCAUCUUUUUGUAUUUGUUUUGGGGAGGUGUUUUGCUUUUCUCUCUUGCGAUCAGUUAAUUUGUUUAUUGGUCAACACAGUCUUCUAAGCUAGACUGGACCUGAAUUUUAAUGUGAAAGAAAAUAAAUAGUUUCUGUUCAUGCAACCAGAAACUUUGUAGCUUUCUUCUGUAUAUUAUGAAUACAGAGAGUGUGGACUCUCUUCUUUCUUCCCUGUGUUUCCCCCCUUGCUUACCUCCCGUCUUGCAUUUCAUCUGUACAGUUCGUGGCUUGGAUUCAUUGUAUUCGGUUAGGGUCAGUCCACAGCCAGAGAAACUACACUUGUUACGAAAUAUCCAGAUAUAGAAACUAAGGCAACUACAAGCCACAAGGCCAAAAUGUUGAUAUACAACCGCUUUUCUGAGCAGUUUAAUGUUUGAGGUGGAUAGGAAUGGAGUACUUUUGAUCCAUAUUUCCUAGCUUCUCAGGCUUGUUACUCUGUAACAUGUCUUCCCAUACCUAUUUUUACAUAUUUCUCUCUAGAUGUUUUCUUUUCCUCUGAGUUCCUGACAUGCUCUGUCGACUCUCUUGCCUUACAAACUGUGCCUAUGGCUUAGGAAUUUUGUUAGUCUUUUAUAAAUUCAAUAGGAAAAGAAAUCAAAACCCAACCAACAACAGCUUUAUCCCGUGGAGCAAUUUACACUCAAGUGAGUAUUCAAACUAAUUUCUGUCUUAAAUGUGACCUGUGCUGCCUCACAGGCCUUCAUCUCCUCUGCUUUCUAGAGGUUUACCAGAAUUUCUUCAGAGCAAUGCAGGCAACCUUCAUAAAAUCCUUCUAACUAGCUUGCAUGGCCUUGGACUUGACAGAAAUCCCUGUGCCUCGCUGAGUUCUGUGGUCUGUUUACAUAGAUAUGAAGUCCUUUAACCCAGCAAGUUUUGCUGUGGGCUUGGAUUUCCUGCUUGCAAGCUCUGCUGGAGUCCCUCUAGUCUUCCUGCUGGCAAAGUCAAGGUGUUAACUCAGGUUUUCAGAGCAGUUUGUGAAUGGAAGGAGAUUUUAUUGCUGAGUUUCUGUCCAAGCACUGUUCUGCCUAUUGGAUUUAAAUUAGUUUUUCCCCACAUACUUGUCUGUUAGGGGCUUUUUGUUGUGUUUUAGGAGUUUAGUCAUUUUGGAGCUUGAUCUCCUUUGUGGUAGGGACUAUACAAGUCCAGAAGAACAGGAACCUUCUUCAUGAUUAGUAAUUCCUGAUAAUGUCAAAGAACUUGAACAAAAAAAAAUAAAUCCUAUUUGUUGGGAAACUUCUGAAGGGUUGCCUUUAAGGUCACUCAGGCUCACCAGCACUAGUUAGCAAAACUAGGUGAUAUUUGACUGUGCUGAAUCCAAGUGAACCGUUCUGGUGUUGACUUUUAAUUUAUAUUUUUGAAAAAGCAGGGCCGUGCUUUAUGGCUGCACCCUUACCUGUAGGCCUAGCACUAGCUAGAGUUGGCUUGUGAGGAUUGAGUGCUUGCCCUUUUUGACUCUGCGCCACCUUGCUGGUGCUGCUGCUGGAGCAGCUGGAUGCUGAAAGGAUCCAGGAGUUGAUCUGGAUUAUAAGUGGCCUGGCAAAAAAAAAAAAAGAAAAAGAAAAAAAGAUUAUACUUAGCGUACAUCAGAUUGCCAAACUGGUUCACUGUUAGGCCACGUAAGCGGUUGUUUGGGCACAUCAGACAGUGUGGUGCAGGGGUGGAAGUAAAUAUUGGUAGCAGCAGUUCUUUAAGCUGGCAUUGCUGCCAAAAGGAGUGCUCAUCUAACUAUACCCCAAGAGUCUGCUAAACUUGCUAAAUGUUUUUUUACACCUGUUUGUUACAGCUUCCCUUGCCUGAGAACAGUUGCCUUCAGCUUACCUUGUUCUUUUUGCCAAAAAUCAUCUCUGAACAUAGAGGCAAGGUAUCAAAAGAGAAACCCUCUUUAAGGAGCUUUAAGCAGGGCAAAAAGAAGGCUAUGGGGGUUUAGCUAUGGAGAAGUUUCUGCUGCAUCAAGACUGCCUGAUGAUACAGAACAUGCACUGUAAAUUGACUAUAGACUAUUUAGUGUGGUUGCAAUUAAGCAGUGAAAUUCAUGCUGUGAGAAUCAUCAGGAGCAAGAAUUCAACAAGAGUUAAAAAGCAUCAGAUGUCUGUAGGAAUAUGAAGAAUAUUCAAUUAUCGUAAUCAGUGACAGUAGAAAUUUUGGAAGAGGUAUUAAGCCUGUGGUCUAAACCUUGUUUUUUAUUCUGCUCUAACAGAUGUGCUGCUAUAUCGGGAAAGGGAGGGAGGGAAUAGCUUGUUGUGCCUGGGUCUGCUGCAGGGUUCUCACACACUUCUCUGGAAACUUGAUUGAGACCAGUGUGUGAGAUGUGACAUUCAACUGCACAGGCUUCUGGUUGGAUCGUGGUGAACCAUCCUGAAAUCUGAUCUGAGCUACCAAAGUGUGGCUGUGAGAGGUGAUUGUUUCUUGUGAGACAAGUGGUUUGCAACUCAUGGCCUCCACGAUGAGUACUGCCGUGUCGUGACACCAGGGGUCUUGGGUGCCCUGGAGAUGCGAGACUUCCCCUGGGCAGCAGGAGGCACGCGUCUAGAGAAUGCUGGAGCUGCAGGAGGGAAGUGCCCAGUGCAAAAGCAGCGAGGAGCCAAGAGAAAAAAGGCAAGCAGACAGCCAGCACUGAGAGGAGCGGGUGGCAGGAAGCGCUUCGACGCUGCCUCUGGCGGCACGAUCCCCAGGGGAACUUGACGAGAGCCCAUCUGCGUGUGUGUGAGACUGUGAGCUCAGGAUUUCUGUCAAUGCAUUCCAGUAACCCCAAAGUGAGGAACUCCCCGUCAGGCAACACACAGAGCCCCAAAUCAAAGCAGGAGGUGAUGGUCCGCCCCCCUACAGUGAUGUCCCCGUCUGGCAACCCUCAGCUGGAUUCCAAAUUUUCCAACCAAGGCAAACAAGGGGGCUCCACCAGCCAAUCCCAGCCCUCUCCCUGUGACCCCAAAAGUGGAGGUCACACCCCCAAAGUGCUCCCUGGCCCAGGUGGGAGCAUGGGGCUGAAGAAUGGGGCUGGAAAUGGUGCCAAGGGGAAGGGGAAAAGAGAGAGGAGCAUUUCAGCAGACUCCUUUGAACAGAGGGAAGCUGGGACUCCUAAUGAUGACCCUGAAAUCAAAGACUGCAAUUCUGCUGAUCAUGUGAAGUCCCAGGAGUCUCAGCACACACCACACUCCAUGACUCCUUCUAAUGCUUCAGCCCCAAGGUCUUCCACACCUUCCCAUGGUCUGACUGCCACUCUGGAGCCAGCGAGUGGGCAGAAGACUCCAUCCAAAGUGGUUUAUGUCUUUUCUACUGAGAUGGCCAACAAGGCUGCAGAAGCUGUGCUGAAGGGACAGGUGGAAACCAUUGUGUCCUUUCAUAUCCAGAACAUCUCAAACAGCAAGGCGGAACGAAACACUGUACCUUUGAACCCCCAGAUCACUGCACUUCGGACUGAACCCAAGCCCCUGCCGCAGCCCCAGCCCCCCGCAGCCCCGGACCAGAACCCUCCACAGAACGCCAAAAUGCAGCCGACCCCACCCGUGUCAGCACCGGUGUCCAAAUCCACUGGCCCCCCGUGUCCCAUAGAUCAGGACAGUCCCAACGUGGAAAGCAAAGUGAUGUCUGUGGGCAGCCCUGCCAACUCUACCCCGUUGCAGACAGAAGGGUUUGGGCAGAGUUCAACCCCCAAUAACCGAGCGGUGAGCCCGGUUUCCCAAGGUAGCAAUAGCUCAGCUGCAGACUCCAAAGGUCCUCCACAGCAGGUGUCUGGUGGGGACCCGUCCAGUUUGGGCGAGAAUCCAGAUGGACUGUCCCAGGAGCAGCUGGAGCAUCGAGAGCGCUCACUGCAGACCCUGCGGGACAUACAGCGCAUGCUCUUCCCUGAUGAGAAGGAGUUUGCUGGAGGGCAAAGUGGGGGGCCUCCCCCAAAUGCUGGGGUGCUGGAUGGUCCCCAAAAGAAACCUGAAGGGCCGAUACAGGCUAUGAUGGCUCAAUCCCAAAGUUUAGGCAAAGGGUCAGGGUCUCGGACAGAUGGAGGGGCUCCGUUUGGCCCUCAAGGACACAGGGACAUGCCUUUUUCCCCAGAUGAAAUGGGGCCACCACCAAUGAACUCCCAGUCAGGACCCAUAGGCCCAGACCACCUGGACCAUAUGACUCCUGAGCAGGUGGCCUGGCUCAAGCUGCAGCAGGAGUUCUAUGAGGAGAAGAGAAGAAAGCAAGAGCAGGUGGUUGUGCAGCAGUGUUCCCUGCAGGAUAUGAUGGUCCACCAGCACGGGCCUCGGGGGGUGGUCCGAGGUCCUCCUCCUCCCUACCAGAUGACCCCUGGGGAGGGCUGGGGACCUGGGGGCCCAGAGCCCUUCCCUGAAGGCAUGAACAUGUCGCACUCUCUGCCCCCCAGGGGCAUGGCCCCUCAUCCCAACGUGCCCGGGAGCCAGAUGCGCCUGCCUGGCUUUGCAGGAAUGAUGAACCCUGAGAUGGAGGGCCCCAGUGUCCCGAAUCCCGCCUCACGGCCUGGGCUUUCAGGAGUUAGUUGGCCAGAUGAUGUGCCAAAAAUCCCAGAUGGCCGAAACUUCCCUCCUGGCCAGGGUGUCUUCAGUGGCCCUGGCCGAGGGGAGCGGUUUCCCAAUCCGCAGGGCCUGCCCGAAGAGCUCUACCAGCAGCAGCUGGCUGAGAAACAGAUGGGCCUUCCUCCUGGUCUGAACAUGGAAGGCAUCAGGCCUGGCAUGGAGAUAAACAGAAUGAUGCCCUCCCAGAGACACAUGGAGCCUGGGAACAACCCCAUCUUCCCUCGCAUGCCGGUAGAAGGACCGAUGAGCCCUUCCAGGGGGGACUUCCCGAAAGGAAUACCCCCACAAAUGGCUUCUAGCAGGGAGCUGGAGUUUGGGAUGGGCCCUGGCAGCAUGAAGGGGGACAUGGGCAUGAAUGUCAGCAUGGGCUCCAACCCACCCCUGGUCCCUCAGAAGCUGAGGGAGGCAGGAGUCGGGCCGGAAGAGAUGAUGAAGCUGCGCCCUGGCGUCUCGGAGAUGCUCUCCUCUCAGCAGAAAAUGGUGCCGCUGCCGUUCGGGGAGCACCCGCAGCAGGAGUACGGCAUGGGUCCCAGGCCUUUCCUUCCCAUGUCUCAGGGCCCAGGAGUCGGUCUCCGGAAUCUCAGAGAGCAGAUCGGGCCUGACCAAAGGACUAACAACCGGCUCAGCCACAUGCCGCCACUACCUCUCAAUCCCACCAGUAACCCCAACAGCCUCAACACUGCUCCCCCUGCGCAGCGCAGCCUCGGCCGCAAGCCCUUGGAUAUCUCCGCAGCUGGCCAGGUGCAUUCGCCAGGAAUCAACCCCUUGAAGUCCCCCACGAUGCGCCAGGUCCAGUCUCCCAUGAUGGGGUCUCCCUCGGGGAACCUCAAGUCCCCCCAGACGCCCUCCCAGCUGGCAGGAAUGCUCGCGGGCCCCACUGCCGCAGCCGCUGCUGCCUCCAUUAAGUCCCCCCCUGUCUUGGGGUCUGCUGCUGCUUCUCCUGUCCACCUCAAGUCUCCGUCUCUCCCCGCACCUUCUCCUGGAUGGACUUCAUCUCCAAAGCCUCCUUUGCAGAGCCCUGGGAUUCCCCCGAACCACAAGGCGUCUCUGACCAUGUCUUCUCCAGCCAUGCUGGGGAACGUGGAGUCGGGUGGUCCACCUCCCUCCACAGUCAGCCAGUCUGCUCCUGUGACUCUCCCUGGAAAUCUUCCCUCUAGCAGUCCUUACACAAUGCCUCCAGAGCCAACCCUCUCCCAGAAUCCCCUCUCCAUUAUGAUGUCCAGGAUGUCCAAAUUUGCCAUGCCGAGCUCUACACCGCUCUAUCAUGAUGCCAUCAAAACUGUGGCCAGCUCGGAUGACGACUCCCCUCCAGCCCGCUCCCCAAACUUGCCACCUAUGAACAGUGUACCAGGAAUGGGCAUUAAUUCUCAGAAUCCUCGAAUUUCAGGUCCAAACCCAGUGGGUCCAAUGCCAACCCUUAGCCCAAUGGGAAUGACCCAGCCUCUUUCCCAUAACAACCAGAUGCCCUCUCCAAAUGCUAUGGGACCCAAUAUACCUCCUCAUGGGGUCCCCGUGGGACCCGGCCUGAUGUCACACAACCCAAUGAUGGGACACGGUUCCCAGGAGUCUCCAAUGGUACCUCAAGGACGCCUGGGCUUCCCACAGGGGUUCCCUCCCGUACAGUCCCCUCCACAGCAGGUGCCAUUUCCACACAACGGGCCCAGCGGUGGACAAGGCAACUUCCCAGCGGGAAUGGGCUUCCACGGAGAAGGACCUCUGGGGCGUCCUACCAACCUGCCCCAAAGUUCGACAGAUCCAGCACUUUGCAAGACUGGAGGCCCUGGCGGUCCAGACUCCUUCACUGUUCUCGGAAACAAUAUGCCUUCGGUUUUCACUGAUCCAGAGCUGCAGGAGGUGAUCCGCCCUGGAGCCACGGGAAUACCCGAGUUCGACCUGUCCAGGAUUAUCCCGUCGGAGAAGCCUAGCCAGACACUACAGUAUUUCCCUCGUGGGGAGGUGCCGGGCCGCAAGCAGCCGCAGGGCCCCGGGCCCGGCUUCUCCCACAUGCAGGGGAUGAUAGGAGAGCAGACCCCGAGGAUGGGACUAACGUUGCCUGGCAUGGGGGGCCCCGGGCCGGUGGGAACUCCGGAUAUCCCCCUUGGGACGGCUCCGUCCAUGCCAGGCCACAACCCAAUGAGGCCCCCGGCCUUCCUGCAGCAGGGCAUGAUGGGGCCGCACCACCGCAUGAUGUCACCAGCACAGCCGGCCAUGCCCGGCCAGCCCGCCCUCAUGAGCAACCCCGUGGCCGCCGUGGGCAUGAUCCCGGGCAAGGACCGAGCCCCCGCGGGGCUGUACAGCCACCCCGGCCCCGUGGGGUCGCCCGGCAUGAUGAUGUCAAUGCAGGGCAUGAUGGGACCCCAACAAAACAUCAUGAUUCCCCCCCAGAUGAGGCCCCGAGGUAUGGCUGCUGACGUUGGCAUGGGAGGAUUUAGCCAAGGCCCUGGAAACCCGGGGAACAUGAUGUUUUAAGCUGCUACCAUAAGACUGGAUGUUCCGAUCCUUGUCAAGAUGAGAUUCCAAGUCCUGAGGGCUUUUUGGGAGCUUCAGGAGUACAGUUUGGCCAUGCAAUAGGUGAAAAGAGACCAGAGGACGCUUUGGGAAAUCUCGAAUGUAUGGAAU